UAUUUACUUACGUAUGGAAAGUUCCAGCAGCAGAGUUCGCCAUUUUGUAGGAAGGUUAGUUUGUGCAGUGUACAGAAGUAGCUACUGAAAAAUACAUUUUUUUUAACCUAUUAAUUCGUAUUUUGGGAUACAUCAAACGUUAGAUAAGAUGCGGCAGUCAAAGCGAAUGCGUUCCCCUGGUGUUUGGCUAAAUGAGUUCAGCUGGGAGGAGAGAGUGGAGAGCCGAAAGCGACAGAGGCAAGAUGAUUCGCACAGCAGUGAAAGGGAGAACAAAUCUCGAAGACUUAACCUCGAAUCAAAUGAAGGGCAUUACCUGGAGACCCACAGCCUGAAUCAGCAGAGGCUAGAGUCUAAGGACAAGGGGGCCAGAGUAGCCAGCCUGGAGAUGGGCUACGACGAGGACAGCAGGGGCGCCUCCAGGGAUAGAGACGGAGACCGCGAAAGGGACAAGGAGUGGCACCACUACAGCAAAUCAUCUGGUCGGAGCGGCAAGAGCGGCCGCAGCAGACGCAGUAGCCGCCGAGGGCGGAGACGCAGCCCUUCUCACUUACGCUCCUCUUACUCGAGGAGCCAUCAUCGCAGGAGCAGGAAAAGAUCCAGGAGUGUUGUGGAUGAUGACGAGGGUCACCUGGUCUAUCACAGGGGAGACAUGCUGAGAGCGAGAUAUGAGAUUGUGUCCACUCUAGGAGAAGGAGCCUUUGGAAAAGUCGUGGAAUGCAUCGAUCACUCUAAAAGUGGUGCUCGCAUGGCACUGAAGAUCAUUAAAAACAUUGACCGCUACCGUGAGGCGGCCAUGGCUGAGGUGGAGGUGCUGGAGCAGAUGAACUCUCUGGACUGUGACCGGAGAUAUGCGUGUGUGAGGAUGCUGGACUGGUUCGACCACCAUGGCCACGUGUGUAUAUCGUUUGAGCUGCUGGGUCUCAGUACCUAUGACUUCCUUAAGCAGAACAACUUCCAGCCUUUCCCCGUAGAACACAUCAGAAUCAUGGCCUACCAGAUCAUCAGAGCCGUACGAUUCCUGCAUAAGAACAAGCUGACACACACUGACCUGAAGCCGGAGAACAUUCUGUUUGUGGACUCGAAGUACGACAUCGAGUACAAUGCCAAAAUGAGACGUGACAAGAGGACGUUGAAGAACCCGGAUGUGAAGGUGGUUGAUUUUGGCAACGCCACGUAUGAACACGACCACCACACCUCCGUAGUGUCCACACGCCACUACCGCGCUCCAGAGGUCAUUCUGGGUUUGGGAUGGGACCAUGCCUGUGACGUGUGGAGUCUGGGCUGUAUCCUCAUUGAGUACUACCUGGGGUCAACUCUCUUCCAGACCCACGACAGUAAAGAACACCUGGCUAUGAUGGAGAGGGUCCUUGGCACCAUACCUGUACACCUCCUGCAGAAAACCAGGAAGCGUCGGUACGUCCAUCGUUACAAGCUGGACUGGGACGCACACAGCUCUUCUGGCAGAUAUGUGAGGAAACACUGCAAACCACUCAAGCAAUACAUGACGGCCCAGAGUGCUGACCACGAACAGCUGUUUGACUUGGUCCAGAAGAUGCUGGAGUAUGACCCGACUAAACGCCUCUCCCUGGACCAGGCUCUCAGACACCCCUUCUUCACCUGCCUACUCAAGGCCACCAAAAACUGACCUUCCAACCCUACCUGUCACUGUGACAACUGUUGACAACUGUUGACAAUGGCCAUCGCCAUGACAACCAUGAUGAUUGAUGAUCGCCGUGGCAAUACUUUCUGACUCUCCGAGAGAGAUUGUUUAGCAAUGACUGUAUCAGUCUGCCCACAUGGCUCCGUAGUCAAUCAAAUUUCAGUCAAAUUUAUUUAUAAAGCCCUUUUUACAUCAGCCGAUGUCACAAAGUCCAUCGCUGUCAUGCUAGUUAGUGUUAAUUUAUUGUUUUGUAGUAUUGUAGCAACUGUUUGUACUUAUUAAUCUGAUGCAUUAUUGAGUUGUACAAUUUUUGUUCAAGUCCCUUUUUUCAAUUUGACUGGAUUUGUAACUUUUGGAAUAUCACUGUGUACAUUUCUCAAUAAAAACUAAAAUAUGAAAGUA